UGUUAAGUUCUCGGGGCCCGCCCGCAUAAUAAACCUGAGUCCUCCAACUCUCGGAGUGAGGUGUUUGGUUUUGGCAACAAUGGAAACACUUUCAGCCUCCUGGUCUCUGAAGUUGGAGGUCCCUUGCCUGCAGACAGGUGGUCACAGUGCAAAUCAUUUUGUGAAAACAUGUUUCCUCAGGCUGCAGAGUGUAGUGAAAAACCCUAAUUAUUCAGGGCAUCCUGUGGCUUCCAAAGUGGCACUAGCAGUCAAGAACCGCUUGGCAAUGCAGGAUACACCAGAGUGGUGAGUUCAAUUCCUGGAUCAGGAAGAUCUCCCAGAGGAAGGCAUGGAACCCAUUCCUGUAUUCUUUCCUGGAGAAUCUCCAUUGGCAAAAGAGCCAGGCGGGCUACAGUUUAUGGGGUGGCAAAGAGUCAGACUUGGCACGCUAAAGGCAAGGAAUCUUUGGCAAGAGUUCUGAGAACAAAGCUUUGCAGGAACCCAAGGCCCCCAGGUGAUUCCCGCCAAGCACGCAUUCCCCACCACCCCUCCCCCAAGGGCACAGGCAGAGGCGGUGGUGGGCCACACCCAUCCUAGAAAGAGCCCUUCCCCAGGCAAGCAGCGCAGCAACCUUUCUUUCUCCAAGUUCCCGCCCUAAUCCUCAGCUCCAGAAAGGUCUCAGGAGUGCGGAGUGUGAGGCUGCAGCGCAGGGCUCCUAAAUGCGGUUCUUCACCCGCCAGGUUUCAAAACCCCUCAUAAUGUGUGUCAGCUAGCCCAGUGGUCAGGUCCAAAGUCUCCCGUGAAUUGUACUGUGACCUGUUCUCUGUAAUGCAAAAAGAAAGGAGAGCUCUCGGGGGUGGUCUGCAAAGAGAAAUCACCACAGGUGAAACAGCUGUGUGGAUGCCUUCGAAGGUGUUUUCUCAACCUGUGGAUGUGCGUUUUUGAAAUAACAUCCCCAGGAAAGACUCACGGCAGCAGGAAGAAGGGGAGGAAAUGGCAGCUUCUCAGGGAUGGCUGACGUUCCAGGAUGUGGCCAUAGACUUCACUCAAGAGGAGUGGGAAUGCCUGGACCUCGGUCAGCGGGAAUUGUACAGAGAUGUGAUGUUAGAGAACUACGGGAACCUGGCCUCCUUGGCUAUGUCUCCACAAGAUUCCCAGGAUUUGAUGCCGAAGAAUCCAGCAUUAGAAGGUGUAUUCCUCAAAGCAAACCUAGGAAUAUGUCAAACAUUUCACCUCGGAAAGUUAAAUUUAAUGAAAGACAGGGAAUAUACGAGGGUGAAUGAAAGACAGAGAGGAUGUUUAUAUGGACAUAAACAAAUGGAGACAGUUAUAAAUAAUGCUAAUAUUACUGCAAAAAGAAAUGAGCAACGUGCGUCAAAUUGGGAAAAACACCAAGUUCAGUCUUCAACGUCCGCUGAGAAAUGUAAGUGUUUAAGAAAAGAUGUCCAUCCUUUUUUGAAACAUACAUGUUCUCUAAAAGGGAACAAGGAAAAUCUGAAAGGCAAUCUAGUCUCUACUGCAAAAACUGAUUCAGAUAAUUCAGAACCUAGGCUUCGACUAAACAUGCAUUCAAGCACGUCUGAAUACCUACAACUUAACACUGAGAGGACAAACUCACAAUUUAAUCAAUUUGAGGGAUCCGUGAGCAGGGAGUCAUUUUUCUUCCCACAAGAGAUAUUUUCUCUCCAUUCCAAGGUGUAUAACGUUGACAAUAAUGAAAGAGAUGCCAUCCAGCCAUCAUUGUUCAGUACAUAUCGUGAUGUGGUUACUACACAGCAGCUUUGCAUGUAUAAUAAAAUGAGUCAGACCUUAAGUAAGAGCUCCAGCUCCAAUAAUUACCAGAGUAUUUAUGGUGGAGUGAGAAGAUAUUCAGGCAGUGAAACUGGGUAUACGGUUGAAGGAGACUCAAAACUUAUGAAACAUCAGGAACCUAAAUCUUCAAACAAGGAUUCUAAAAGUAAUACAUUUAGAAAUACCUUUGAUAAAAUGGCAGGUUUUUGUCAAGAUAAAAGUACUUGUAGUGAAGAGAGGACUUGUGAAUAUGGUAAGGUUUCUAAUCAGUCUUCAGAACUUAUUCAACAGCAGACUGUUCAGAAUCCACAGAAAGAAAACAAGUGUAAUAUAUGUGGGAAAGUCUUUAGUAAAGCAUCCAAUCUAAGUAAACAUAGGAAAAUCCAUACAGAAAGGAAAUCUUUCAAAUGUACAGAUUGUAGCAAAGCGUUUAACCGUCGUUCACAUCUUACUCAACAUCAGCGAAUUCACACUGGAGAGAAACCUUAUAAAUGUACAGAAUGUGGCAAAGCCUUUCCUUACAGUUCAAGUCUUACUGAACAUCAGCGAAUUCAUACUGGAGGGAGACCUUAUAAAUGUACAGAAUGUAGUGUAGCCUUUUUCUGUUCCUCACAUCUAACCUAUCAUCUGGGAACUCAUACUGGAGAGAAGCCUUAUAUAUGUAAAGAAUGUAACAAAGCCUUUCUUAGUCGCUCACUUCUUACUCAACAUCAGCGAGUUCAUUCUGGGGAGAGACCUUAUAAAUGUAAAGAGUGUAACAAAGCCUUUAUUCAGCGCUCAUAUCUUGCUAAACAUCAGCAAAUUCAUACUGGAGAGAGACCUUAUAAAUGUAAAGAGUGUAACAAAGCCUUUAUUCAGCGCUCACAUCUUACUAAACAUCAGCGAAUUCAUACUGGAGAGAGACCUUAUAAAUGUAAAGAGUGUAACAAAGCCUUUAUUCAGCGCUCACAUCUUACUAAGCAUCAGCGAAUUCAUACUGGAGAGAGACCUUAUUGCUGCUCCCGAAGGAGGCUCGGCAUACACAAAGGCGGGAUCGAGCCUCACCUUAUAAAUGUAAAGAGUGUAACAAAGCCUUUAUUCAAAACUCAGAUCUAACCUAUCAUCAGCGAAUUCAUACUGCAGAGAGGCCUUAUAAAUGUAAAGAACUUAUGAAAACCUUUAUCCUUAGCUCACAUGUUACCCAACAUCAGCAAAUUCAUACUGGAGAGAAAACUUAUUAUUGUACACAGUGUGGCCAAACCUUUAUUUCUCAUUCAAGGUUAAUUGUACAUCAUCAAAUCCAUACUAGGGAGAAACCAUACAAAUAUAAAAAAUGUGGCAAAGCCUUUUUUACGAGUUCGGACCUUUGUCAUCAUCAGUAAAUUUAUACCGCCAAUAGACGUUAUCAAUGUACAGAAUGUGGCAAGGCUUUUAUUAUGCGUUCUUGGCUUACUAGACAUCAGCGAAUACAUACUGGGGAGAGACCAUAUUCAUGUGUUGAAUGUGGCAAAGCCUUUGCUUGCAACUCGACACUUACUCAACACUGGCGAAUUCAUACUGGAGAGAGACCUCAUAAAUGUAAAGAAUGUAACAAAGCCUUUCAUCGUCGCUCAUUGCUGACUCAACAUCAGCGAGUGCACUCUGGAGAGAGACCUUAUAAAUGUACUGAAUGUGGCAAAGCCUUUGCUCGCUACUCAACGCUUUCUACACACCAGCGAAUUCAUACUGGAGAGAGACCUUAUAAAUGUACAGCAUGUGGCAAAGCCUUUAGUUGGAGUAAUCAUCUCACGGAACAUCUGAGAACACACACUGGACAGAAACCCUAGUAAUGGCACAAGUGAUGGAAGAGAUUUUCCCUAAAUGUGUAUCAGAAAACACAAGAGUUUAUACGAGAAACCUAUGGAGAUGAUGUAACGAAUAUGCAGAAAGGUAUUUAAUCAAAAGUUAAAUCGAAGUAAAUAUCAGAGAUUGCAUAGUGGAAGGCAUUUCAUCAUUCCUCUUUUCUGAAGUUUCUCUGAAGGAGAAUGACUGUAGGGAGUACUCCAUAGUUAAAACACAUGGAAAGUGGAUAUAUUAGCAUAAAUCGUGAGAUGAAGGUUGAUGGUUAGAAAGUUACAAUUCUUAGUAAUAUAUAUAUGCUUUUUAAUAUUGACGUGAUUUGAGAUUAUUUGAAGUGAAUGUUAUUAAGCACUCAAACCAUCCAUACUAUGCUUUGUUUCUAGUGUGUUUGCAGACAUAGAUUUUUGAUGGUUUAUUAAAGAUUAGCCUUUUUAUAUUGUGUUGCAACCAUUUCUAUCUAUCCUCCAUUAGAAGAUGAAGGAUACCGUACUGUAAAAUGGACAAUGGCCAUCUAAAUGGACGUGUUUUUCAUUGAUGUGAAAUAUCUGGAGGUUGCCAUGAUGUAAGUGAUCAUUUAACCUUUCCAUGUUGUAAAGUAAGCAGAAGUUGGUUGUAAGGGUUCAAUAGUAAUAUCCCUGAUUUUAAGAAGAACACAAUGACAGUUCACUGCAAUAUUGAUGUAUCUUUAUAAUAUCAACACAUGUCAUGAUUAUUACUUGACACUGUUGAAAUAAACACAGCUUUUGUGAUAACCUCGAAAUAUAUUAGAAACUCUUCCUGGAAAAGGCAUGAAAUUAGUGUAUACCAUGCUUGCUAAGUGCUUCCUAGCCUUUGUUUGGUAAUCCAUAAAAAUCACAAGUCUCACAUCAUUAUAACAGAGAAAUGAAUAUCUUUCUCUGUACUUUUGAUCUGUACUUAAUCAUGGAUCAUGCCGUGGAUUGUAAAAGGUUUUAUUUGAACUAUGUAUGCAAUUAAUACAUCAAAUCAGAUCAGA